AUGGUUCCUGGCACUCUUGCAGAGGUACUGGGAAUACAGUCUGAUUACUUGAACGAUCCACCCACCUAUGACCGUACGACACUGAAAACCAGAUCUACCUCACGAUGCAUAAAUUUUCGUAGUGCCAAAUUGCGGUUAAUCAAUUCGUGCUGUUAUUCGAUGACUCUUUCCCGUCAUCGCGAGUUUGUUGCCAGCCCCCACCAAGCGAGUAUUGACAGUAAUUCAACAUCCUUGCAGUCAUGCAAAGUCUCACUUAUUGUCAUCUCAGGUUCUGUGAUCGAUUCAUCGAUAAUUGUGAGAAUGUACAAUGCCACCAGGGCCUACAGGAUACCGAAAAACACUUUGAAGGAGCCCGACUACGGUAUUCGCACAACUGGCUGCUUAGCCGUCUCUCAAUACUCUCGUUAUUGUACUUCAUUCAUAACAGAACACUAG